AUGGCCACCCCACCCAGCCUGAGCAUCGCAGUCCUCCUCUUCCCCGACCAUCAAAACCUCGAUGCCGUGGGUACCAUGGACUACCUCAACAGCCACAGCCAAGCCUAUCUUGCAAAUUUCCCCACCGUCCAGCACCUUGGCCCCAAGGCUCCCAUCUUGACGUGGUACUUCGUCUCCGACGCCUUAGACCCCGUAACAGCCACCUCUGGCCCUAAACAGCUCCCAGCGCAUACUAUGCACUGGCUCUCUAGGAUGCCUGCACCACUGAGGGCGCUCAUGCACGAAUCGUGGUUCUUGGUCGAAUCGACGCUGUAUACACGAACGGUGUUCACGCCCAGUUGUUGUAGAUAUGGAAGAGCCCUCGCACAAAUAGGUGUCCUGGACGGGUACCACGUUGCCUGUAACAAAAUGGCGCUGACAAUGGUGGUAGAUGCCGGGAAGCUUAACGGAGCCGUGCAUUGGAUGGGUGACGCGAGAUGGAUGGAGGAUAAGAGGGUGUGGAGUGCUGCGAAGGUCACGAAUGUCGUUGCUAUUGUUCUUGGUGAUACUGAGGCGACGUCCCUCGGCUCAAGUGUGGCGAAGACUGAUGAUGCCCUCGUUGGCUUUGCGAAAAAUCCAAAUGUCGAUAUAGCGGCGACGAAUGGUGUGAACAAGUCCCUUGCGCCCGUUGAUGUUGGUGGUGAUGAGGGAAAGACUUGUGUUGCGAAUACUGCUGCUGGUGCUGCUUCUGUUAAGGAAGUGUCGCCCGCCCUUGAGUACCCAACCUGCCCCAGCCACCGACGAACAUCCAAAUCAUUCGGGGUCAUAGGACUAUAA